UGGAGAGCUGGAAGACAAAACAAAAGCCACACAUUUCAACCAACAGGCGCUGGUCGCUUUUUAGGUUUUAUUUUUUUAUACAUCAAGACAAUUUCGAUCAUUUAUCCGCAUAGAUUACUGUUUGGCGACAAUAAUAGAAAAGUGUUGCAUUAUGCCUAGUAGCACGUCUUUGCUGGAGGCCGACGAGGGAGAGUCCGAGGUCCCGCCGCCGCUAGUGCACGCUUUCGCCGGUAUGGGCCUUGAGGAGCACCACGGUACCCAGAGCCAGAACCCCGAACAAGCAGACGAAAGCCUUUCCUUUCACCACCCCCACCAGCUCCCAUCAGUUUCUCGUUUCAACCUCCUCGGUACGGUCCUAGAUUUGAAACCCCUACCUCUGCAUCGACCACCCUCGGGAGAUGAAGCGAACAUAACGGCAGCGCCCGAGGACGAAGAGCCAGAAGUUGUAGCCGACUCUUCGGGCUGCACCGGUAGCUCAUUGCUAGCGCAGGCCCACCUCCACCGUCACCUCCCAUCGGGACCGAGUGGCUCCGUGAUGCCGUCCGGGAUGGAGCCGCCGCACGUCGAGACGGUCUUGUUGUACAACGGAGACGAGCGGGAUGAUACUGUGGUCGGCGGCACUGCCAUACCACCGGCUAGCAGCUUGGCACUGCUACCCUCUGGCGUGUACGGGGAGUCGGGCUACGAGGCCGAGCCUUCGCUGUUGUGUCGGCGAAAGAGCGUCAACACAACCGAAUGUGUGGCCGUGCCGAGCUCCGAGCACGUCGCGGAGAUCGUCGGCAGGCAAGGCUGUAAGAUCAAAGCACUUCGAGCUAAGACUAACACCUACAUUAAGACACCGGUGAGGGGAGAGCAGCCUGUCUUUGUUGUGACAGGGCGCAAAGAAGAUGUGGCUAUGGCUAAGAGGGAGAUCCUGUCUGCAGCUGAGCACUUCUCCCUCAUCCGAGCGUCUCGAAACAAGACGGGCCCUCUGUCUGCUGUCACCGGUCCAGGGACCCCCUCUCUACCUGGACAGACGACCAUUCAGGUGCGGGUACCAUAUCGUGUUGUAGGGCUGGUCGUAGGUCCCAAAGGGGCAACCAUCAAACGUAUUCAACAACAGACCCACACUUAUAUCGUAACGCCGAGUCGUGACAAAGAGCCUGUGUUUGAGGUCACCGGGAUGCCGGAGAAUGUGGAUCGGGCGAGGGAUGAGAUAGAGGCGCACAUUGCCCUACGCACAGGAACCUGCGGAGGCAUUGAGGCUCCUGGUGUAGACAACAAUGACUUUCAAUUCAAUGGCACAGACGUCAGCUUUGAGACGUCUGCAACACCAGUUGGGUUGGGGGAGGCUGGGUGGCUUCAUGCUGGUGCAUCAUCACCGGGUGGUGGUGGCUUGCUCCCAAUGAGCGUCAACGGUACUCAGCGAAUCAAUAGCAAUAUUAACAGUGGUGUCAGGAUGUCUUCCACCUACCGCAACGACAGCUCCAGUUCCCUGGGCAGCGGCUCCAGCUCAGUUGAUUCUUUCCACGGCAGUGGGAAUGGUAACCGGAUGGCAGAUUUCAGCCCGACCUGUGUGUUUAAUGCCAAUGCUAACAACAACAACAGCAAUGGUGGCAGUGCAAGUUUCUGGUUUGGUGAGAGCCUUCUUCCUGUGGGGUCUGAGGAGCUGGGCACCCUAGGAGGUGGGGGCUCUUCAUCUGGAUUUGACCCACUAACCAUAUCCACUGCCCAAACCUCACACCCUGGUGCACAGCCACACAUCUGGAGCCCCUUUGUAGACCACCAACCCCUCCAGGCCUUUGAUGCUCGUCAGCCUCAGACCAGUCAGCCCGGGACGCCCCGGCUCUCUCCAACAUUCUCUGGGACAGAAGCCUUGGAGCACCCUCAGGCCCAGCGUGUUCACCGAGGGCCCCUUGGCACGGCUGGGACCCUCGAUGCCCACAGGUUCCCCUCUUACAGCUCGGCCUUCUCCUCUUCCAGUGAAAGCACCGCCUCCUCUUCCUCCCCUCCUGAAUCCUCCCUCUCCUAUCGGCCGGGGAUCGGAUCAGCAGUGAGAGGACAGGAGAUAUGUGUCCACUGUAUGGAUAACCAGGUGAUCGCUGCCUUGGUUCCCUGCGGCCAUAACCUCUUCUGUCUAGAUUGUGCCACCCACAUAUGCCAGGGUCCAGAUGCUGUCUGCCCUGUGUGCCUGUCCCCGGUUACACAGGCCAUUCAGCUACGUAAUAUGUGAUUUUAAUCCAUUUACCUUGAUGGCUGAUGAGGGAUCAGCCUCCCCAACACUUCCAACCCACAGUAUGCGUGGGGAAAUUACAAAACUGACCCCAAAUCAGUGUCUAGGUUUGUCCUCACCCCGGUUUUGUCCAAGCUGGUGUUUGACAGAGGUGAGGAAGAAUAGGUGAAUAAGGAAUGAUCUGUAUUUAGGGCAUGGGUUAGUGUGUUCAGCCCGUUCAUGUGCCUGCUAUUGUGAAGUCUUCUUCCUUAAUUGAUUGAGUGAUUGAUCAGUGGGAGGGUUGGAAAUCCUCUGUGUAGCAUUGGGUGG